AGCAAUGAAAUGGAGGAACUGUGGAUCAUCUCCAUCUAAUCAAUGGUUUGAUGGUGGUGAUGGAGAAUUGUAGUUCCCCAACCAUGCUGUAGGAGUUGAGAAUUUAAAGGACAGGAGAGACGGCUAUAAUUUUGUAAAGUAGGCAGCUCCUUUUUCUCCCUAUGUUUUCAUGGAGGAGCCUCCUGAAUGCAAGUAGGAGAAUGUCAUGCCUCGUCCUUAGCUUCUCUCCUCCUCUUCCUGCAACUCCUGCUCUUUCUCAAUACUCUUCUGUCCUCCCUCUCUCUCCUUCCCAAUUGGGUUUUGCUUCUGCGUCCAAUUUCGGUUCUUGGGUUCGAAGUCGAGGCUUCUGUCACUGGUCCAGUGGGGUGGGAGCCAUGGGUGACCGGGGUGCCGCCACUUCGGAGCACUUGAAGGAUCCUGACCGCAUAUCGUAUCUAUCGCAGAAAGAUGCGGCUGAGAUCGAUGAGAUUCUCAUGGGACCACUCGGGUUUAGUGUUGAUCAAUUGAUGGAAUUGGCUGGCUUAAGUGUGGCAUCGGCUAUAGCAGAGGUCUAUAGACCCAGUGAGUAUAGCUGUGUCCUUGUUAUCUGUGGUCCCGGAAAUAAUGGUGGUGAUGGUCUCGUGGCUGCCAGACAUUUAUAUCAUUUUGGUUACAAGCCAUUUAUAUGUUAUCCAAAGCGCACAAACAAGCCGCUUUACUCUGGUUUGGUUACACAGCUGGAAUCAUUAUCAAUACCAUUCUUGUUGGCAGAAGACCUGCCUUCGAACUUAUCAAAUGAUUUUGACAUUAUCAUAGAUGCAAUGUUCGGUUUCUCUUUUCAUGGAACACCAAGGCCACCUUUUGAUGCGCUCAUUCAGCGGUUGGUUGCUUUGCAAAUCUCUGAAAAUAAUUAUGAGGGGCGACCAGUAAUUGCAUCAGUCGAUAUCCCCAGUGGGUGGCAUGUUGAAGAUGGGAACAUUGAUGGAACAGGGAUUAAACCUGACAUGCUGGUAUCAUUAACUGCUCCAAAGCUGUGUGCCAAAAAGUUUUGUGGUCCUCAUCACUUUUUGGGUGGCAGAUUCAUCCCACCAUCAAUUGCAGAUAAGUAUAUACUUCAGCUUCCACCAUACCCUGGCACUUCCAUGUGUGUUCGUAUUGGGAAGCCCCCGGCAAUUGACAUUGCAGCACUAAGAGAGAACUAUAUAUCACCAGAGUUUUUGGAGGGGGAGGUAAAGGGUGAUCCGGUACGGCAGUUUGCUAAAUGGUUUGAGGAUGCUGUGGCUGCUAAUGUCCACGAGCCAAAUGCUAUGGCCCUAUCAACUGCUAACAAGAGUGGGAAACCAUCCUCACGGAUGGUGUUGCUAAAAGGAUUUGAUGACCAUGGUUUUGUGUGGUACACAAAUUAUAGAAGUCGGAAGUCGCGAGAACUAUUUGAGAAUCCUCAAGCAUCCCUUCUUUUCUUUUGGGAGCCUUUGAACCGCCAGGUAAGAGUAGAGGGAACCGUGGAGAAAGUUUCAGAUGAGGAAUCGGACAAAUACUUCCAUAGUCGUCCUCGAGGAAGUCAGAUUGGGGCGAUGGUUAGCGAGCAGAGCUCUAUAAUACCUCGAAGGGAUGUGCUCCACCAAGCGUACAAAGAAUUGGAGAUCAAAUUUGCUGAUGGAAGUGUGAUCCCAAGGCCCAAACACUGGGGUGGUUUCCGGCUAAAGCCAACAUCUUUUGAAUUUUGGCAAGGACAAACUUCCAGGCUGCAUGAUAGGUUGCUCUACUCUCCUGUGGAGGUCGAUGGAAAGCGAGUGUGGCGUGUAGAUCGCUUGGCCCCAUGACUAAGGGUUUCAAUCUCUGCUCUAUAAAGUUGACAUUGAAUAAUAAAGUUUAAUUUCUAUGUAUCUUCUAGUUUAAGAAAAUAAGACUUGUCACUCUCACUGACCAUGUCAUGUGUUGAUAGGAUCACCAUUCUUGUUAAUAUUUCCUUUUUCUAUUCUGAUUAGAUUACCAUUCUUCUUUUUAAUC